UCAUUGACGUUAUGUCAACGUGUCUCUGACUCGAACGUAAGACCCAGGUUUUUCGCUGAAACUAAAUAUUUUAUUUUGUAAAGUUUUAUCUAAAAUGUACUAAUAAUUUAUUUUAAACAAACUCCAACGUUAAAAAUCAUAAUAUUAAUUGAUAAUUUAAACAAAAAAAUGGUUCUCUUGGGCAACGAUGAGUUUCUCGCAGAGCUAACUAAGCUUUUUCAAAAAGCACGCAGUACGGGAUCAGUUACUAUGACUAUGAAAAGAUACGACGGACGAACUAAACCGGAGCCUAGGGAUGGCACAGCGGUGGUGAAGGAUCCUAAAUACAAAUGUUUGAUAAGGGCCCAGCAUAAGAGUAAAAAAAUAUCAACUGUUAUAGAGCAGCGUGAUGUUGAAAAAUUCAGUACAGCAUACUCUAACUUGCUCAAAACCAGCAUCAACGGCUUGAAGCGUUUAAAAAAGCCAAAAAAGAAGGCUGUGGCUGCUCAGUAAGGAAUUUAAGUGAAGGCAAUGUGUCAAGACUGAAAUAUUGUGCGCUAGGAAGUGACGAAGUGAUGAACUUAUGGGUAUAUUACUAUAUGCCCUAGCGUGUAGGAUGAGGUCCAUUGAACUGUGCUCUUCUCUCAUGAGUGAGAUGUGAAGAGUUGGAGUCGUGCCUGCCCUUGCUAGUGAUGCGGGCGCAAUUUAGUCAUUGACCAUCUGUCCAAUGCACAUUUUGUAUAAGUUUAAGUUACAUUUUUCAAUAAAAAAUAUUUACUGCCAUUGGU